AUGGAAGAUGACGAAAGGCAUGGAAACGCCCCAAAUGUGGGCCUUAGAGCGAGUCCCGAAAGUAGCACAUGUUCCAAAAACAACAACAACAUCAACAACAAGGAACAGGAUAGGUUUCUCCCCAUCGCCAACGUUGGACGGAUCAUGAAAAAGGCCGUCCCCGCCAACGGCAAAAUCUCCAAAGACGCUAAGGAGACCGUCCAGGAAUGCGUGUCGGAGUUCAUCAGUUUCGUCACCGGCGAAGCCUCUGACAAGUGCCAGCGCGAGAAGCGGAAGACUAUCAACGGCGACGAUAUCCUCUGGGCCAUCACCACUCUCGGCUUCGAGGACUACGUCAAUCCCCUCAAACUCUACCUCAACAAGUACAGAGAGCUGGAAGGUGAGAAGCAGCUUAACGUCCCGAAACAACAACAGCAACCACAACAGAACGUCGUCGUUGAUCAUCAGAAUCCGCUAAAUCUGGGCGCUGUCUAUAACCCCUGCGGCAGUAAUGUAUAUACAUCUUCUAAUAACUCGCCUGCCGGCCUUCUCUCCCACCAUCCCUCCUACGUUUCCUCAUCGGAUCAUCAUCUUCAACCUUUCCUUAAUUUGCCUUUCCCCACCCAUCAGAAUGCCAUUCAGGCGCAGUUCACUAAACAAGAACACAUUGACUCCGUUGGUCAUUGGCAAUAAUAAAAGUUGUAAAUGGCCUACUCCCUUUCACAUUUUCUUUUGCUUCUUCUUUUUUUGUUGGUUUUUUUUUCUUAAACUUUCCCCAUAUUUAAUGAGAUGAAUAUAGAAUGAUGCAUAGUUUUUGAUUAUGUACCAUACCA